UUGUCGUCGGAAAAGCUGACGGAGCGAUAGACGACAAGGCAAACGGGCUGAAAAAUACCUUGUAAAAGCGGCGUUAUUUCCCCGAAUCAGGGCAGAACAGUUAGCUUCAUGAGUUCAUGGACUGCCUGCUUAUCAAUGGUUAUGGUAUUCACAAGGCUGGUGUAGGUUUCGCCGGGUCUAUGAGCUCAAAGAUGGACGACAAAGCGGCGAGAGAAGAUGCCUGCAGAGAGUAUCAGUCCUCGCUGGAAGACCUGACAUUCAACAGCAAGCCACACAUCAACAUGCUGACCAUUCUGGCCGAGGAAAACCUCAACUUCGCCAAGGAUAUCGUCGCAAUUAUUGAAGCGCAAAUAAGCAAGGCCCCAUCUGCCGAGAAGCUUCCAGUUUUGUACUUAGUGGAUUCCAUAGUGAAGAAUGUUGGAGGAGAGUACCUUGCAGUGUUUGCUAAAAACCUAAUCACUUCAUUUAUAUGUGUCUUUGAAAAGGUGGAUGAAAACACUAGAAAGAGUCUGUUCAAGUUACGCUCGACGUGGGACGAUGUGUUUCCUCUGAAGAAGCUGUACGCGCUGGACGCCCGGGUCAACUCGGUGGACCCGGCCUGGCCCAUCAAGCCGCUGCCGCCCACAGUCAACGCCAGCAUUCAUGUCAACCCAAAGUUUUUAAAGCAGUCGGAGGAGGCGCCCUCUCCGCAGCCCGCCCCGGUCCAGCCGGCGCCGACGCCUCCUCCCGCUCCGGCUCCGCAGCCGGUCCCGGCCGUCAGCCCGUCCAGCCUGAGCCAGGAACAGCUGAUCCGACAGCAGCUGCUGGCCAAACAGAAACAACUUCUGGAGCUUCAGCAGAAGAAGAUCGAGCUGGAGCUGGAGCAGACCAAAGCUCAGCUGGCCGGUGGGUUUGUGAUACCGACUACGGUCUCUGCCGCCGCGGCGGCGCUGAGCGCCGCGCCGAAGACCACCAGCCAAACUGCUCCGGUGGUGCGCCCGUGGAUCCCUCCGCAGACCCAGCCGCCAGACGUCAAACCUCCCACCAGAGACCCGCGUCUGAACCGCACAGGCCCCCAGACCGCCUCGCAGCCCAAAGACCAGCCCGCUGGGAAGAAAGAUGGAAGUCACGCUCCGGCUCCGGAGAAACCGGCCCGGCAGGAGAAGGUCAGGACCCCGAAGAAAGAGGCGUCGGAGGAGAAACCCAAGUCCAAGCCCCCGUCUCCGAUGGCCAAAAGCGCCCAGAGCAAAAACAAACCGGGGGAGGCUGAGAUUCAGAAGUCGUCCGACGGCACGAAGAAAGAUCCCAGGCUGAAGAAACGGCCGCAGGACAAGACGCCCUACAAGACGGGCGACUCCAAAGACGAGGAGACGAAGGAGAAGAGAAGAUGCACGGACAAGAAGGAGAGAGACGACAGAGAGGAGGCCGCCGCCGCCGCUUCUUCGGCGCGCGGCCUCGACCCUCACCGGUUCACCAAGGGGAAGUUGGCGAACGGCUCGGUGGCCAAACACGACCGCGACGAGUCCGCGGAGAGGCUCGAGUUCAAGACGGGCGGCAACGCGCGCACGCACGCCAGGAAACGCACCCGCUCGCGCUCCAGGUCUCGCUCGCCGUCCGGUGGUGCCGCCGCCACCUCCUCCUCCCCGAAGAGGAAGGACAGGCGCUCGCCCAAAAGCCGGACGCGGAGCAGCUCUCUGUCCCCGUCGCCGUCUCACAAGCAGCCGGGCAAACCGCGCAGAGCCGAACCGGAGCACGCCGGCAAGCCCGGCCGAGAGGACCGGCUCGCGCCCAAGAAGAACCAAUCGGAGAGCCGGAGGUCGAAGAGGCCGGCAGAGGACCGGCGGUCCGAGUCCAGGGACUCUCACUCCCCGCGGAGCCACGACGGAGGCGCCAAGGACGCCAAGGAGGCGCCGCACCGCUGGAGGAGCGGCUGGGAGGAGAACAAACAUCCGAAGCUGCCGGAGGAUUCUCACGUGAAGCCAGCGGCGCCGAGGCACAAACCGUACGGCACCCCGACUCGCCCCGCCACCCCCCGAACCCCGAAGCACCGCCUCAGCGUGGACGCCAACCUGCAGAUACCAGAAGUCCUCAACUCCGCCUCCAAGAAGGAUCUGCUCAGGAGGGCCAGCAAGCGCCUGGAGAGCGGGGAGAUUUCCCAGGAGGACUUCCUGAACAUGGCCCACCAGAUCAAGCACUUCUUCCAGUAUCAGGAGGAGAAGCAGCGCUCCGACAGCUGGGACGACUCGGGCGACUAUCCCGCCAAGAAACUGCUGACGUCGCCGCCGCCGCCCCCCUCCUCCUCCUCCGCGGUGCCGCGGCCGCACGACGCCAUGGACGCCGCGCAGCUGUCGUACUACGAACACAAGUCCAAACUGAGGAAGACGCAGGUGAACCGAGCGCGCGCCGCAGGAGAGGAGUGGGACGGGGAGGAGAGUUCGGAGGAUGGCGAGGGAGAAGGGACGGGCGAGAAGACGGGCGGCGCCCGCAGUGCCGGACAACCGCCGACGCAUAAAUACAGCCAGGCGGCACGGGACAGGCAAGGCGAAAGGAGGAGUAAAGAGCACGAGGAGCCGCGGCCUCCGCUCGGCCCAAUGAUCGAAGAGUACAACCACGGCAAAGAGUUCCCCACGCUGAAAUCUCUACCGGGCCUUCGCUUCAGGAGGAGAGCCGACCCCCGAGAGCCCAAGAGGUCAGAGGUCAGGUUCUGGAGCUGCGGGGUGUCAGGGUCUCGAUCAGUGACACUUCAGCAGGGCGAGCGAGAGUGGACCUCGCCGCUGACCGAGCGACAGCGCUUCGCCGAACGCGAGGUGCAGAAGAGCGGCUACGACGCGCCGCGCCGGUACGGCCCGCCUGGCGACCCACGGAGACCAGAAGGCCCGCCUCCUCCGCCACCCCCACCACCGCCGCCAGCGCUGCUCGCCGCCACCGGCGUCCACAUGAACGCCCCGAGCCCGGCCGGCCUGGACGCCACGGCGCCCAGGAUCGAGCGCGAGCGCCUGUCUCCCUUACACCAGAAGGACCUAGCGGAGCUCAGCCCGCGCUUCGAGAGCCCCAACAGCGAGCACUCGGACGACGGGCCCCUCAAUCUGGACCCCCACGCCCCCCCUAACCACCCUCUGGCGCCGCCGAAAUCCAUCCUGAAGGCGCCGCCGCGCGGCGGACCGCUGACCUCCGUGAGACAGCACAGCGACUCGCCGGGACACACGCCGCCGCACGACGGCGCCGGACACCCCCCGCAGCAGCGGUACGACGGCCCGGCGCACAUGGGCCCCUCCAGACCGAACCCACAGGGGGGGUGGUACGAGAACAGCCGCUACGAUGACUCGCCGCGCUUCGAAGGGCCGCACCACCACCACCAGGGUCCCGGCAGGUUCAACAACGGCGGGGGCGGGGGCGGCGGGGGGAGCGGACCGCCUCAUCACAGCAUGCCAGAGAGGUUCGAUGGCCCCCACAUGUCCCACGGACCAAUGGGACGCUUCGAAGGUCCGCCUCACCCUCAGGGCCCCGUGAGGUUCGACGGUCCCAUCGGUGGGGGGCAGCAGCAGCCUCCCGUGAGAUUUGAGGGCCCGGGACACUUUGAUGGCCCCAUGCAGCGCUUCGAGGGGCCGCGGCGCUUUGAUAACAACAUGGCCCCGGGCCCUGGAUCCGGACCAAUGGGCUUCCAGCAGCAGCAGCGGCCGAUGCGCUUCGACGGUCCUCCAAACCAGAUGGGCCCGAUGCGGUUUGAGGGCCCCGGCCCGAUGCGGUUUGAGUCCCCGGCCCAGCAGGGGGGCCCCAGGUUUGACCUCCCCAGCGUGCACCAUCAGGGCGGGCCCCCGCUGUACGAGCAGGGCCCCAUGAGGUUCCCGCCUCAACACAACCUGCAGCCGCCCAUGAGGCCGAUGGCCCCGCCCAUGUACGAAAACCCCCUCCCCCCGCAGCAGAACUUCAACAUGGGGGGGGGCCCCCAGUGCUUCCCGGAGCCGAUGAACGCGCAGUUCCCCCCCGCGGGGCCCAUGGCGUUCCCGGCUCAGCCCAACAUGCAGCCGGGAGGGAACUUCAACAUGCAGCCAGGCCCCGCCCCCUUCAGCCAGACAGGCCCCGCCCCCUUCAGCCAGACAGGCCCCGCCCCCUUCUACAACCCUGCUGCCCCCCCCGCGGUCAGCAUGCAGCAGCCGGUCAACAUGUUGGGGAACCUGAACCAGCCCUUCCUGCCUCAGAACCCCGUGCCUUUUGGACAGCAGACUCUGCAGGUCGCUCCUCCCGAGAACCACUUCGGUCAGGUUGACGUCAACGACCUGCUGUCCAAACUCAUCUCCAACGGCAUCAUCAAGCCCUCGCAGCCCGACGUGGUGCCGACCGCCACCACCGAGCCGACGUCGGCGCCUACAGCCGCGCCGCCUCCGGUGGAGGAGGAGGAAGAGGAGGCCGAGCUGGAGGAGGAAGACGAUUUCCCCGACUUAACAGGCUUCAACGUCGACGACAUGAAACAGCGCUACGAGAGCGUGGUGACCCGACUGUACUCGGGGAACCAGUGCUGCCUGUGCAGCAUGAGGUUCACCACCACCCAGACCGACCUGUAUGCUGACCACCUGGACUGGCACUUCAGACAGAACCACGCCGGCAAAGUCGCCAGCAAGAAGAUCACACAUCGGCGCUGGUACUACGGCCUCACGGACUGGAUAGAGUUUGAGGAGAUCGCAGACCUGGAGGAGAGAGCCAAGAGUCACUUCUUCGAGAAGGAGAACGAGGAGGAGGUGCAGAAGAGCCAGGCGGCCGCCAAGGAGAAGGAGUUCCAGAGCGUGAAGGCCACAAAGGACCAAGUGGGAGAGCUGUGUGAGAUCUGCCAGGAGGCGUUUGAGACGUACUGGGUGGAGGAGGAGGAGGACUGGUUCCUGAAGAACGCCCUCAGGGUCGACGACAAGAACUUCCAUCCUGCCUGUUUUGAAGAUUAUAAAAAU